AUGAGGCUUCUAAAAACUAGCAGGUACAAUAACCCAACAGUCAGGUACGGCAGUGGUCACAUCAUGGCAACAGAUCUGGAUCUGGGAGCAAACGGUCAGGUCCAUUACAGGCUUGUCAACCACCAGACGCUGUUUUCCAUCAAUGCCUCUGGAGCCAUCAGGACUGCAGUGCCACUGGACAGAGAGGUGAAAGGUCACUAUUUCCUGGUUGUCGAAGCCUCGGACGGUGCAGUGGACCCUCGGCGAUCCAGGCUCACCCUCUCUGUGUCCGUUUUGGACGUGGACGACAACAGCCCGAUUUUCUCCCAACAGUCCUACAACAUCAAUCUACCUGAGAACAGCCCAGAGGACACCGUCAUUUUACAGUUAAAGGCAACAGAUGCUGACCUCAUCUCCAACCUCACAUAUCGAAUCAGAGCUGAAGGCCUGGAUCCUGAGAUAACACGGCUUUUCCGCGUUGACCCUGUGACGGGGGAGCUGUCAGUUCUUAAGGUUCUGGACUUUGAAGCUCUGGCUGCCUCUGAACCCAUGUACACUUUCACCGUAGAGGCUGUCGACGUGGAGGGAACAAUGCCUCCUGGGCUUGCCUCGGUUACAGUCAGAAUACUGGAUAUGAAUGACUUUGCUCCCUCAUUCAGACAACCCGUCUACAGAGGCAUGGUUGCUCCUAAUGCUGCCAAGGGAACCAUUGUAACCACGGUGAUGGCCAACGAUUCUGACCCUGCGGGAACCCCCGCAGGUCUAAUUCGUUACAAGGUGGACCAGGAGGCCUAUCCAUACUCUGCCAGUAUAUUCGAUGUAGAUGAAGAGAAAGGUCAUGUGGUUACCAGAGUAAAUCUUAACGAGGAACCCAACUUAAAGUUCAGACUGGUGGUGGUGGCCUAUGAUCACGGCGAGCCUGUGAAAGAGAACACGACUCUGGUGGAAAUCACAGUGCUUCAGCCCUCUGUUAUCCCCGUGUUCACUCGAGAAGAAUACAGAUUUCCACCAGUGAGUGAGGAGGCUGCUGUUGGAACCCCGGUGGGAAUCAUCAUGGCAGCAGCUGUCAAUCAAACUAUCGUGUACUCCAUCGUUGAAGGCAAUGAGGGAGGUGUGUUUUCGUUAAACAAAACAACUGGUGAGAUUUCCACAGCCAAGCCCCUUGACUAUGAAACCAACUCCAGCUAUGUUCUGAAGGUGGAAGCAGACUCCAUGAGGGUGGUCUCAUCAAAUCUCCGAGCUCCGUCAAAGUGUAAGUGGAACUGCAGGUUGAAGUGCUGCACACUUGUAAUCGUGAAUUAAACGACAA